UUCACUCUUCCUUCUCAGUGUCUCAGAGAUAGAGAGAGAAACUAGAGCGAGAAAUAUAGCUCAGUGAUUUGAGGGUUCAUUAGCCAAACAAAUUAUCUCUUCUUCUUCUUCUUCCAUUGAUAAAAAAAAGUUUGCUUUUUUCGUGGUUUGGGUUGUGAUCCUUUGAGUGGGUGAGAUGUACGUUGCUUCCAUGCGCAAGUCUUUCAAGGACUCUCUGAAAGUCCUUGAAGCUGAUAUCCAGCACGCUAAUACCCUGGCCUCAGAUUUUCCAAGGGAAUAUGAUGGCGCAAGCCUUCAGAUGAGAAUGUCAUACAGUCCAGCUGCACACCUGUUUCUUUUUUUGGUGCAAUGGACAGAUUGUCAUCUUGCUGGGGCCCUUGGACUGUUAAGAAUCCUUAUUUACAAGGUGUAUGUGGAUGGGACAACCACCAUGUCUACACAUGAAAGAAAAGCAAGUAUUAGGGAAUUCUAUGCGGUCAUUUACCCUUCUCUGUUGCAACUUCAAAAGGGUGUCACUGAUACUGAGGAUAAAAAGCAAAAGGCCGUAUGCAUGGAGAGGUAUCGUAGAAGAGAUGAUGAUGAGUAUAGGCAAUCUUCUGACAUAGACAUUGAAAGAGAAGAUGAAUGUGGAAUAUGCAUGGACAUGAAUAGUAAGAUUGUGUUACCCAACUGCAAUCAUGCCAUGUGCCUGACAUGUUACCGAGAAUGGCGAACAAUAUCGCAGUCAUGCCCAUUUUGCCGUGACAGUCUGAAGAGAGUGAACUCAUGCGAUCUCUGGGUAUUCACUGAUAGGAGGGAUGUGGUGGAUAUGGCAACAGUUACAAGGGAUAAUCUUAGGAGGCUUUUCAUGUACAUAGAUAAGUUGCCUCUGAUUGUUCCAGACUCCCUUUUUGACGCGUAUGACUCUCACAUAAGGUAAGUGAAUGCAACAGACAGAUUUUAAUGUAUGCUGUUGUUGUCUUUGAUGGAUAGUCAUUCCCUUCCACUUCAAGUUAGUCACAUAAAAGUCCGAACCCGAGUCGGCAAAUUUAGUUUAUAUCAUCAUAUAUAGAGUUGCAGCACUUGCUUCCCACUUCUGCCUGAAGAUCCAGCCCUGUGUUAUUGUGGGUUGGUGGUGAAGUUGAGAUGAUAAAUUGUAUCUAGUAGCUAGCUCAUUUGUAUAUCCCUGUACAGAUCGAAUUACUUAUUAACAAGAGAUUUGCACAUUGGGUUCUUGUCAUGUAAGUGUGAAUCUCUUGAGGAACAAAACUUUACUUUUCAUCGUGAAUGGAUGAAUGUAUUUAACGGAAUCUCUUAAGUGCUUCUCCUAUGUAGCCUUUUCUUGCAACCUAUAUCUAUGUAAUCAUUUUAGAUUUUUAAAACAUGUUA